UUCUGCACAGGGUUAUUUCACAGAUGACGAUUCACAGCUGAGGUGCAGAUUUCCGAUCAAAAGUCUUUUCAGUGUAAACAGGAACUACUUUUACAGCUUUCUGUGGUAUUUCCACUCAUGUAACAGUAACACACAUGACAACACACCCUCCCUGCGACUCAUCCAGCCAAUCUUCGAGGAAGAUAAGAGAAGUUGGGUCUUCCAGCAAAAAAGACACACAGUGAGUUUUAAGGGAACGAUGGGGCGCUGGAAGGUUUCAGUUGCGUAGCCCGGCCCACAGGGCGCGUUUUGGGGAAGAGGUAACUGUAUACAGUAUGUUGUCAAACUUGGCUCACACCACCAUGUGACUGUCGGUAACAGACCUCAGCAGACUCGGCCCCUGAUCCCGGAGCAGCUUUUAAAACAACUCAGCUUCUUCUCGUGCGUCCGCGUCUCUCUGGAAGCGCCGCGUAAAAGGACCCGUGCCAAGAUGUUCUGGUUCAAGCAAGGACUCUGCUUUCUGCCCGUGUUCCUCGUCAUCUGGUCCUCCAGCACGUUCAUUGUUUCCUACAUCAUUGCGCUUUUCAGGCGAGAUGUGGACGUUAUCUUUCCAUACAUCAGUGACACAGGUGCAACGCCCCCAGAGAGCUGCAUUUUCGGCCUGAUGACGUUCAUUUCUGCAUGUGCAGGGAUUGCCACCAUUUAUGCGAGGUACAAGUACGUGGAGAAGCUGAGCGAGCAGACAGCAGAGGUGGGCCAGUGGCUCAAUGAAGCCGCUCUUGUGUUUGGGCAGCUGUCCUGUCUGGGCAUGCUCGUCGUUGCAACCUUCCAGGAAACUACAGUGCCAGCAGUCCACGAUGUAGGAGCUGUGACCUUCUUCGUCUCUGGGAUCGUUUACACAAUCCUCCAGUCUGUGAUAUCAUACCGUGCCUAUCCGUUCGGGUCCACCAUGGGCGUGUGUCGAGCACGUUUGGGUAUGGCAGUCCUCGCUACUGUGGCCUUCAUCCCCACUGCUGUCUGUGCGGCCUUCGUGAGACAAAGCAUACUGCACAGACACAAAGACGACCAGGACUAUCCCUUCCACUUAGCCAGUGCAGUGUGCGAGUGGAUCGCCGCCUUCAGCUUCAUCUGCUUCUUCCUCACGUACAUUGACGACUUCAAACUCUUUACCUUACGAGUGAGUACAGAAUACCAGCAGUAGUCGUGGUCAGUCUCCGGCUCGUCAGUGAUUUUUGUAUGAAUAUCAGUAUUUUUAAAGAUUAAGAAUGUGCCGCAUUUAUUUUUGAACGACGAAUGCUCUUACGUUUUGUUUUUCUAGUAUUUUACACUGCAAGGCUUCGAUAAGACUUUUGUAUCACAUGACUGAAAUCAUUAGUAGAACGUUCUAGGUACUUUUUUUGUAAAGUUAUUUAUAAUAGGCUGUCUUUCAGGUGACGUGGUAGAAUGCCGCCCGCAGCCUGUAUAUCAUUACACUUUUUAUACGACGUCGGUCAUUUUAUAAGUGUACUUAUUGCUACUGGUGUUCAGUAAAACUUUGCACUUUGCUCUCGACUGUUGUUGCCACAGCGGCGUGACACAUCCUGUCAGAGCUGAGACUACUAAUAAGAGAAGUUCAUCACACAGUCAGCACAUGAUCACUGUGCUUGUGGUUUAAGGGGGACUAUCACAUAUUAAAUCACAAGUUUGUCCGUGGGAACGUGGCGAAUAGUCAGGACUGGUGUUCUGUGAGGAAACCUUCGGGUGAUACUGUAUAUGUGGGUGCUCAUUUAAUGCUGAGAAGUGACACCAGAUAUUCAAAUGCUGCCACUUCCUUAAACAAAGUGUUCAUGUCACUUGUUGUUUUUGUUUUUUUUAAUUGUGCCUUCUUCAAAUAGCUCGACUGCUGUGAGAAGAAAUUAUGUAGACAAACUCGUUAUGUGGUUCUACCGUGCAGCUAUGGAUGUGAAUGUGCAAGCGUCUGCAGCCCGUAGACGUAGAAAGGGAAUUACGCUAAUCAGUUUAUUAGUUUGUUUGUUACAAAUUGAAUUUCAGGCAGAGUUAUCCUUUGCCUUAAAGCAGCGGUUCACAACUUUUUGGCUUGGGUCAUCACAGGUUAGAGUGGACAUGACAGAGUGACCUUUAAGGGACCCGAAGAUGCAAAGGUUGUAUCAUUUUACAAGUGUAAGAAUACUUACUGUAAAAGUAAUAAAAUGCUGUGUGAAAGUAAAAACGAUCCCCCUCGGGGACGUUUCUACCAGCCACUUCUGUGCAAACUAAGCUAACUGAACCUAACGUCACGUUAAUAUAACUCAAAGACGAUUAAACUUAAAGGUAGAAUCAGUUGGAAUUGACCGCGUUGUUCCUGAACGCACCAGAAGGAUACCUGAUGGCAGUAAAAGUAAAAAGUUGCCUGAGAAUAUACCCAAGUAAAGGACGGAUAGCAGAAAAUUCCAGUUCAGUACUGUAACUCUGAAAACACAUUUUUUGUUUAACAGAAAUAUAUUUGAAUGUCUUUCUUAUCUCUUAAUACUUCUAAACCUUCAGAUUUUUACUGAUCAUCAAGCGCAAGGUUUGUAAAUCGCAAAAGUACACGUAACGUCACUUGGGACACUAGACAAACCAAAGGCACCAGGGUUGAGACUAUGAAGCCGUCUGAGACAAUAAAAUAAAAUCUCAACACACGGGGGGAAAAAAACCCUGAAAUACCGAAAACUCUCAGGCUGCUUAAGAUCAUUUUAGUAACCUUUCAGCAUAUUCUUGUCAGUGCUGAGAGAGAAAGCAUCGUACAUUCUGAGAAAAGAGGUCAGUUUUUGUGUCAUAAUUGCAAUUGUAAGAUCACUAUUACAUUUGAGUAUCAGUAUACUUUUGAGACAUUCCCUCUCAGAUCUUGUCUAUAAUGGGUGAUGAGUGGUAGACGGGACAAAGAAAAGGGCACUCCAAAGACAGUAUCCUGUGCUGUAAUGUGCAAGAGGACAGAAGGGAAGUCACAUGAACACAAAUUAUUAACCUGUUUACUACAAAUACUGUAUUUACAAGGGAAAGUACUGUUUAAAGCAAAUGACUUUGUAUAGAUAUGGUUUUGCUCCUGACAUCAAUGUACUGUACAGAUGAGAUACAAACUCCAAAAUAAAGACACUUUUUUUUAUAAAGCAAACUGUUUGAGUGUUUAUUUCAGACCCAAAACUUCAUUCUUUAGUAAACAAAGUGCUGUCGGGACUUCUCCACACUCAUCUUUCACAGUCAUUAUAGUGUGUUAUCCAUUCAAUAUCAAUCUCAUGACUACAAUAUUUCAUUCAUGCUAAAGCAUUCUGACUUAGCUAGUUUCUAGUUUAGUCACAAGUCACACUGCUGUAAUGAUAAGGAGCCUAAUGAAAACUAACAUAAUCUCACACACACAACAAAAAACCCUGUUGUUUACAUUUUUCUGACAAGUGGCGUUCAUCAUCUGAUUUUUCUCUCUUAGUGCAAGUUUGUUUACUCCUCAUUCCAGCAGUAGCUCUUGUGCAAUUUUCAGGAAUU